AUGCUCGGUGUGUUUCUAAUAGUCUGGUCCGGCGUCACCGCCGCCUUCGGCCUCUACCUGCAGUCUCGCUGCGCCCGGUACCUCGACCGCGGAUCCUCCUCCUUCUUUGCGAUAUCCAAGAUCACGUACCCGAACGCCGCCAUCAUCUUCGAUACCGCCAUUGCGAUAAAGUGCUUCGGCGUGGGCGUCUCUUACAUGAUCAUCAUCGGCGACCUGAUGCCCAAGGUCUGCCUGGGGUUGUUCAGUGGCUUGGCGGAGACGAGGCCGUAUCUCGGCGAGAGGAACUUUUACAUCACGCUCUUCAUGCUGAUCAUUAUCCCGCUGAGUUUCCUCAAGCGCCUGGAUUCUCUCAAGUAUACCAGCAUCGUUGCGCUGGUAUCCAUCGGGUACUUGAUUGUUUUGGUGGUCUAUCACUUUGCCGACAGUCCCCUCAAGGACACGAGCGGCAUCCGCGUGGUCCAGCCUGAAAGCACCGUGGCAGUCCUCAGUACUUUGCCGGUUGUGGUUUUUGCGUAUACUUGUCACCAGAACAUGUUCUCUAUUCUCAAUGAAAUCAAGGACAACUCGCCCGGCAGUGUCAUCGGCGUUGUUGGUUCCAGCAUCGGUUCCGCCGCCAGCAUCUACAUCCUCGUAGCCAUCACCGGCUACCUGACCUUUGGCAACGCCGUCACGGGCAACAUUGUGCAAAUGUACUCUGCGACUGUCGCGUCUUACAUCGGCCAACUGGCCAUCGUGGUCCUUGUCACAUUCUCGGUCCCCUUGCAGGUUCACCCCUGCCGCGCCUCCAUCGAUGCCAUCCUCAAGUGGCGUCCCAACCGGUCCUCCAACAACCGCUCCAACUCUCCCGGCGGCCGGCCUCUGCUGCCGUCGUCGGCUUCCAUCCGGUCGGACCAUGGAUCUACUUCGUCCAUGAGCGACGUCCGCUUCGCCAUCCUCACCAGCGCCAUUCUCAUUUUGUCUUACGUCACCGCCCUGUCGGUCCACAGCCUCGAAAGAGUCCUCGCCUACGUCGGAAGCACCGGCUCAACCAGCAUCAGCUUCAUCCUCCCGGGCCUGUUCUACUACAAGAUCAGCGACCCAGACAGCGUCCACCAGCAGCGUCUGCAUAAGGAGGACGACGACGCUGAUAUCCCGUCAGACGAGGAAGAUGAGGCCACCAUGAUCAACAGCAUUGCCAGCCUGGGCAGCGCGGCCAGUGUCGUCGUCAACCCCCGCAAGUGGAACCGCAAGUGGCGCUGGGACCUCGAGCACAUCGAGCAGGACCUCCUCCGCAAGCUCGCGCUCGCGCUGGCCAUCUACGGCCUGUGCGUCAUGGUUGUGUGCCUCAUCAUGAACAUUGUUUUCCACGCAUCGCAUUGA